AUGGGUCGUUUAUCAUCGAUUUUGAAUGGAUUUUCAAGGUCGUUGUUACUCAAGAGAACAAAGAAUUUGGAGAACAGUUGUGGGAAUUGUGAUGGAAGAGAGGCUGUGGAAGCUAUGGCGAAGGAUGCGAAGAAGAAUGAGUUGAUAUUGACGACAUCAGGCACUGUUAAUGUCGAAAGAUCCCAGAAUUUUGCUUCUGUUUUCUCGAAAAGAGGGCAGAAAGGCGUGAAUCAAGAUUGCUGCAUUGUUUGGGAGGAAUUCGGAUGCCAGGAGGAUAUGAUAUUCUGUGGGAUAUUUGAUGGGCAUGGCCCUUGGGGACAUUUUGUGGCCAAGAGAGUAAGGGAGUCGAUGUUAUCGUCUCUUCUUUGUAAUUGGCAGGAGACCCUUGUUGAAGCUUCACUUGAUCCCGAUUUUGAUCUGGAAUCUGGUAAAAAGCUUAAAUUCCAUAUAUGGAAGCAUUCCUAUUUGAAGACAUGUGCUGCCAUAGAUCAGGAGCUGGAACACCACAGUAAAAUCGACUCAUUCUACAGCGGCACUACUGCUUUGACAAUUGUUAGACAGGGUGAACAUAUUUUCAUCUCAAAUGUUGGCGAUUCACGUGCUGUACUGGCGACCACGUCUGAAACUGGCAACUUGAUACCUGAACAGCUUACAGUUGACUUCAAGCCCAAUCUACCUCAGGAGGCUGAGCGCAUAAUUCAAUGCAAAGGCCGAGUGUUCUGUUUGCACGACGAGCCAGGGGUUCACAGAGUGUGGUUGCCGGAUGAAGAAUCUCCUGGACUAGCGAUGUCUAGAGCUUUUGGGGACUAUUGUGUUAAGGAUUUCGGCCUCGUUUCCAUACCUGAAGUGACACAGAGACAUAUAACCCGUAAAGACCAGUUUGUCGUGCUAGCAACAGACGGGGUUUGGGACGUUAUAUCCAACGAAGAAGCCGUGGAAAUUGUGUCAUCAGCUCCAGAGCGGGCAAAAUCAGCUAGGCAUCUGGUGAAGUGUGCUGGCCAUGCAUGGAAGAAGAAGAGAAAAGGAAUAGCAAUGGAUGAUAUAUCAGCAGUUGUACUCUUCUUCUCUAAGUGA